UGCCGUUGCUAUGCAAACUUCAACUGCGGUGUAUUUUGGCAGAAAAGACAUGCUCGCACACAAUAAGAUUGUCUAAGGUCAUCAAAGACAUAAUAAAAGUGACACAUUAUGAGUGAAACCUCCAUUAAGAAGAGGCCAGGCACAGCUCGCUCUAUUGUGACUGAAUUUAAAGGAUCUGUUGUGAUAAACCCAACUCCUGUUGAACCUGAGGACUCUGACCACAUAACAACAGCAAAGUUGAAAAUUCUGUCAGGAUCAGACAACCUAGAGGAAGUGACCUCACUGGAGAUGUGUGUUGACACCCGACAAAACAGUCUGAAUGACAUCGGUGUACACCUGCCCAAGCUUAAAGAGCUGAAAAUGAGCAACAGUUUGAUCUUAUCUGUGCGGGACCUCGGAACCAGCUUUUCCCACCUACAGGUCUUAUGGUUGCCUCGCUGCGGUCUGACCGACUUGGAAGGAAUCCCUUGUCUUUCUUCCUUGAAGGAACUUUAUUUAGCAUACAACAACGUAUCAGAACUGGUCCAACUCAAAAUCCUGGAACAUCUGGAGCUCCUGGACCUGGAGGGAAAUAAUGUCAGCGAUCUGUUCCAAGUGUGGCAUUUGGGCUUUUGCGAAAAGCUUAGAACACUUUCCCUGGAAGGAAACCCUGUAUGCUCCUGCCCUGGUCCAGGAGCUGUAGAGUUGGGGUGUGGACAGACUCAGGCAGACUACAGCUACAGGUCUGCAGUAUACAAACUGAUUCCACAGCUGAGAUUCCUCGAUGACGUGCCGGUCGAGGAGGACAAACCUGAAUGCUGUAGAAGCACACCAACAGACUGGACACUUCUCAAAGAAUCAAUCAAAGACUGUUCCAACAAUGACCGACUGGAAUACACAGAUACAGAGGACCGGCCUGUCGGUGUUUGUGGUGUCAGACCUGGUUCUGCCCAGGACCUUAGCCCAAGAAUAUCCUCCAGCAGUCUCUCUAGCCGUCCAGGCAGUGCCAGACCUCUCACUUCCAGCGCCGAGUCAAGACCGGGGUCGGAUAACUCCGAUCUAGCCACCCUGGAGCAUGAGGUCAGCAAGCUAACAAAUGGUUUUGGCAGUGUUCUCUGCGGGAAUCCACUACAGGCUGCUCGUGCAAGGAGACAGAAAAAAACGGUUCAAAACUCUCAUUCUCAAACCCGACCCAGCACGCGGCUCAGUAGUUACAUUCCUGAACACUCGUAUGACAAUGAACAGCCAAGCGGUCAGGACCGCAUUGAUGUUUAUGCAGAGCUCAGAAGCUGGAGGAUCGAACAUAACAAACGUCUUUCAUCUAUCGAGAAGGACCGGCAGCCCCAGGUUAUGAAACACUCGCACUGUGGUGAUGGAAAUGAAGAUGAUGAAGGCGGUCACAAUCAUAGUUUUAUGAGUGAUGACAUCACUAGGAAUGAAGAGGAUGAACGGACUGUCUGCAGGAAUACAACGUUUGUUCCGUCUCUCUCACCAGAUGUGUUUCAACACGGCACAGAAUCUCAGGAGGUAUUCAGGCUCUCAUCAUCAGACAUGUCUCCUUCACCCCCACUGAACGCAGUGGCUCCCCAUGCUGGCCGGAGGACAACACCGAGUCGCGCUAGGAGACUCAAACCUCAUAAUGGUGAAAUCUGCAUUUCGAGGCCGUCAGAGGACAACCUGAUGUCUAAUCUCGAAGCCUUAAAAACAAACUCAUCCUUGGAUCCCCAGAGUACCACUGUGAAAACGGUGUCGCCUCAAAUUCUUAAAAAAACACGGAGACCAUCCACUAGUCUUGGGGUCUCACCUCUACGAGCACAAUGGUCAGAAUCUACUGGGAAUCAUCAACAACUAGAUAACUGGCAUAAACCAAUCAUACGUUCUAACACAUCGGAUCAACUUACCCCCACACGUCCACGAACAGCCAGAGCUGCACUGCAGAGGUUACCGAACCGGACCCUCCUGCCUGACAGAGGAAAUGGAUUCCUGGAAUAAUGGAUUGUAAAACAGACACCGUUAUGCAUGCAGGCCUACAGCAGCUCAGAAAUGUUGAACUUUGUUGGGAGUUAAAGGAAAGUCUUUGUUAAAAAGUAACCAUGUUCUCUUAAACCGUCUGUCCAUUUGGAAUGCAUUGACAGCAAAGCUGGAAUUAAAUUAGUUCAUUUUGCAAAAAAGUACAUUGUUUACAAGGGACGCAUUUAUUGUACUUUUAUACAACCUUUUACUUUUUAAUAUUCUAGGUGAACAGAAAUAAGUAAUGGUGUGAGGUCCUAUAUACACCAUAUAACACUGGAUGGCGUUUGGAUGAAGUCACUUACAUUGAUCGAUCACUAGGGGGCGCCAUGCCCAUUUUGCAAGUUUUUGCUUACAGCUGUUUUUUGCAGACGUGUUUUUCUAUGCAUAACACAAACACUAAUACAAAGAAACAGGUUAUUGCACAGUAUACAUGUGUAGUUAAAAAUACCCCGCCCCCUAAAAAAUAUAUAUAUUAUAUGAUUUUUUUAACCCUCAUGUUGUUGAAAACCUGUAUAUGACUUUUUUUCUGUGGAACACAAAAGAAAUGUCUCUGCGGCUUUGUGUUCAUAAAUGUUUGGCUUUGUGUUUAUAAUAAAUGUUGUUUGG